CUAAGAUGCACAUGAUCUGCCCGCUCUCGAUGUACAAGGAGACAUCUUUGAGGAUCUGCCUGCUCCACUGCUGCCGCGGGCAGAAUCCAAAGUGUGUUUGCCAACGACUGGCCAGAGAGGAAUGCUGGGACAGCUACUGGCACAGAGAGGAGGCCCGGGAGGCCCGCUCUAGGAACCAGGACGAACGCUGGCCCUGGGGGCAGGCAGCAGCCGCAGCGCAGAGCCGCAAACCUGUGGGGCCCAUGACUGGGAAGGCCGCCGAGCAGAGGGGGCUGCGGCAAGAGGCCGCUCCCCAGGAUGCCGUGCAGGGCCUCCAGGACAGCUUGUUUUCCUCUGAAAGUGACAACAGCCUGUACUUCACCUACAGUGGCCCGUCCAACACCCUGGAGGUCAGCGACCUCAGCUACCAGGUAGACACGGCCUCCCAGGUGCCUUGGUUUGAGCAACUGGCUCAGUUCAAGAUGCCUUGGACAUCUCGCAACAGCCAAGACUCUCGCGAGCUGGGCAUCCAGAACCUGAGCUUCAAAGUGAGAAGUGGACAGAUGCUGGCUGUCAUAGGGAGCUCAGGCUGUGGCCGAGCCUCGUUGCUGGACGUCAUCACUGGCAGAGGCCACGGCGGCAAGAUUAAGUCAGGCCAGGUCCGGAUCAACGGGCAGCCCAGCACGCCCCAGCUGAUGAGGAAGUGCGUGGCCCACGUGCGCCAGCACGACCAGCUGCUCCCCAACCUGACUGUCCGCGAGACCCUGGCCUUCAUCGCCCAGAUCCGCCUUCCCAGAACCUUCUCCCAGGCCCAGCGUGACAAAAGGGUGGAGGACGUGAUCGCGGAGCUGCGGCUGCGGCAGUGCGCCAACACACGCGUGGGCAACGCGUAUGUGCGGGGGGUGUCUGGGGGCGAGAGGAGAAGAGUCAGCAUUGGGGUGCAGCUUCUGUGGAACCCAGGAAUCCUCAUUCUGGAUGAGCCCACUUCUGGGCUGGACAGCUUCACGGCCCACAACCUGGUGAGAACCCUGUCCCGGCUGGCCAAGGGCAACAGGCUGGUGCUCAUCUCCCUCCACCAGCCUCGGUCGGACAUCUUCAGGCUGUUCGAUCUGGUCCUCCUGAUGACGUCCGGCACCACCAUCUACCUGGGGACAGCCCAGCACAUGGUCCAGUAUUUCACCGCCAUCGGCCACCCCUGUCCUCGGUACAGCAACCCCGCUGACUUCUACGUGGACUUGACCAGCAUCGACAGGCGUAGCAGAGAGCAGGAAGAGGCCACCAGGGAGAAGGCUCGGUCCCUCGCGGCCUUGUUUCUGGAAAAAGUGCGUGACUUUGACGACUUUGUGUGGAAAGGAGAGGCCAGGGAGCUGGAUGUGGGCACUUGUGUGGAGAGCCCAGCCCUCUUGCAGGACACCAGCUGCCUCCAGACUCCCACCAAGCUACCUGGGGCCGUGCAGCAGUUUACCACCCUGAUCCGCCGUCAGCUUUCCAAUGAUUUCCGAGACCUGCCAACCCUCCUCAUCCACGGGGCCGAGGCCUGCCUGAUGUCUCUGACCAUCGGCUUCCUCUUUUACGGCCACGGAGCCAUCAAGCUCCCCUUCAUGGACAAAGCGGCCCUGCUGUUCAUGACUGUAGCGCUCAUCCCUUUCAAUGUGAUUCUGGAUGUCAUCUCCAAAUGUCACUCGGAGAGGGCGAUGCUUUACUAUGAACUGGAAGACGGACUGUACACUGCUGGCCCAUACUUCUUUGCCAAGGUCCUAGGGGAGCUUCCGGAGCACUGCGCCUACACCAUUAUCUACGUGAUGCCCACCUACUGGCUGGCCAACCUGCAGCCGGACCCCGAGCCCUUCCUGCUGCACUUCCUGCUGUUGUGGCUGGUGGUCUUCUGCUGCAGGGCCAUGGCCCUGAGCACCGCGGCCAUAUUCCCCACCUUCCACAUGUCUUCCUUCUUUGGCAACGCCCUCUACAACUCCUUCUACCUCACCGGGGGCUUCAUGAUAAGCCUGGACAACCUAUGGACAGUGCCUGCUUGGAUCUCCGAGGUGUCCUUCCUGCGCUGGUGUUUCGACGGGCUGAUGCAGGUCCAGUUUAAAGAGCGCCCCUACCCGAUACCACUGGGUAACCUCACCAUCCCAGUCCCGGGAGACACACUCCUCCAUGCCAUGGGCCUGAACGCACACCCGCUCUACGCCAUCUACCUCAUCCUCCUCGGCCUCUGCGGGGGCUACCUGGUCCUCUACUACCUGUCCUUGAGGUUCAUCAAACAGAAAUCAAGUCAAGACUGGUGAUUCGCACCGGACUCCCGCCCCGCCAGUCAGGACCGAAGGACGUCUUCUACAGCACUCCCCUCCCGCCGGAGCCCCUUCCCCCGGACGCUGAGGACAACCGUAGCGCGCGGUCGGCUCCAUCCCGCCGCGGCGCUGCACUGGCCCAGACCUGCCACAGGAUGGCAGUAGAAUAAAGACAGUUGGAGGGAUUCCUGCUCGCUGGCCGGAGCUUGUGGUUGCGGGCCUGAGAAAACCAGUACUUGCUGGCUCCUACAACAUUGCUAAUUUAUUUCCUUUCAACAUGUCUUUCUACAACCAAUUCAGUAUAGGAUGGGAGCAAAUUAGAUAGGAAUCGAGUCCUAGGCUACACAGAAUCCUUAGGCCUCAGGGUAGAGUAACAACAGCUGGCGUCCCCAAACUCCGAGUAAAGCCACUCUGCGUAGGAAGUGACCUAAACUGCACCAAAUGCGAUGCCAUCCCUCCUCUGUGAAGUCCUUUGCUCCAAAAGCCAAAGGGAACAAGUAAAGAUUUAUCAAGCAUCUGCUCUGUGGCAGGUACAUUGCAAACAGAACACUUUACGUGGGUGACAUCCGUCUUCAUUCCGUUCUCAAACAACCCCCUUUGAGGUAAGCGGUAUCGGAUUGCAGAGGUGAGGAAACUGAGGCACAGACACAUGCGGUCGGCUAAGGUCACAUGGCUACGCUAUAGUGGAGUCAGGUGAGGGUCAGCCUCUGAGGCCCUUAGGAGAUAGAAGAACACACUCCCUUGCUAGAAGGCACAGCCUGAGCUGCGAUGAAGCCUUGAAGCCCAGGAAGGUUCUAGAAGACAUGUUUAUAGAGAGUUAGCUCAGCUAGGCCUCUUAGAGCUGCAUUUCACUGAGCCUAGCAGGUCUCAAGGCUGGCUUUGAACCCUGCAGAGGCAUGGAAUGGUGCAGGCCCACCGCAUGCUUCAUGGCUGAGAGUUGAGAGCUGAGGACCAUCUAACAGGUACA